AUGGCCAACGUAAACAACCUCGCAGACAAGCUAUCUGAGCUUAAAAUUAAAUCUGAUGCGCCGUUGACGGCUGGAACAUCGCGGGUGCCGUCCAAGAUUCAAAGCGUUUCUGCAUCCUCUUCGCGAGUGCCUCCAAGUAGUGUUCCGAAAGGAUUAGGCACCAAGACAUCCUCUUCAACGCUCAAGGACGCGUCGAAAUCGGCCGGAACCAGCGGUGCCACAAGCACAACACGCCCAGAAGCGACGAAAACAGAUUCGGCGUCAAGUGCUCCUCGCGCGCCACAGGUGAACGUUGCAGACAUUGGAGCGUAUGAUGGCGGAUUUGAGAACGAGUUGCAGAGUGGGAGAGGUUCAGAGGUUCAUGGCGAGGCGGCAGAAGAUCUUGCGCUGGAUUCGUCGACUUCGCGAACCGCACUAUACCCUACGCGUGAGUGGCGACUCUCGUCUUUUGAGAUGGGACGUCCGCUUGGGAAAGGCAAGUUUGGACGUGUAUACAUGGUCAGAACAAAGACAGAGCCGCGAUAUAUUGUCGCCCUCAAGUGCCUGUACAAAAGCGAAAUUGUCGAGAGCGGUGUGGAGAAACAAGUACGUCGGGAGAUUGAAAUCCAGCAAAAUCUUCGGCAUCCGAAUAUCCUACGCAUGUACGGAUAUUUCCAUGACUCGAAGCGGAUCUUCAUCAUGCUAGAGUUUGCAGCCAAGGGAGAACUUUACAAGCAACUAGUCAAGAAGGGACGGUUUAGCGAACGAAGAUCUAGUAGAUACGUCGCUCAGAUGGCAGACGCCCUCCAAUAUCUACAUUCCAAACACGUCAUUCAUAGGGACAUCAAACCAGAAAACUUGCUCAUAGGGAUCUCUGGCGAACUCAAGAUUGGUGACUUUGGUUGGUCGGUCCACGCGCCAUCGAACCGUCGAACGACUCUAUGCGGCACGUUGGAUUAUCUUCCACCAGAAAUGGUCGAACAUAAGCCACACACUGCAGCGGUCGACCUGUGGGCACUCGGGGUGCUCUGCUACGAGUUCUUAAGCGGCUGUCCACCAUUUGAAGAACUGAGUGGAGCACGGGCAACACAUAGGAGAAUUGCUCGUGUGGAAUAUACGAUUCCGGAUCAUGUUUCUCCAGAAGCAGCGGAUCUCAUUGAAAAGCUCCUUCAAUACACUCCUACCGCUCGUUUGUCUCUUGACAAAGUACUCAGGCACCCCUGGAUUGUCAAGUAUGAAGAGCGGAGUAAGGGGUCAUCGGGCGUAUAA